CACAUCUGGGUCAAGAUGCCUGUGAUGAAGGGCCUCCUGGCCCCCCAGAAUACCUUUCUGGACACCAUCGCUACACGCUUCGAUGGCACCCACAGUAACUUCCUGUUGGGUAACGCCCAGGGCCACCGUGGAUACCCCAUUGUCUAUUGCUCAGACGGCUUCUGCGAGCUGACGGGCUUCACCAGAACUGAGGUGAUGCAGAAGAACUGCAGCUGCCACUUCCUGUACGGGGCUGAUACCAGCGAGCACGUCGCCCAGCAGAUGGAGAAGGCUCUGGAGGGCCGAGAGGAGUACCAGACCGAGGUCCACUUCUACAAGAAGAACGGGAUGGCCUUCUGGUGUCUGUUGGACAUCGUGCCCAUCAAGAAUGAGAAAGGUGAAAUGGUUCUCUUCCUCUUCUCAUUCAAGGACAUCACUGACAGCCAUGGAAAAUGCCACCACAACAGCAAGAAGGAGGUUUCAGAGGACAAGAGGCGCAGGAGGAAGAGCAGCUCUCACUUCAACGAGGCCAGGAAGCGUGGACGUACCAUGUUGUACCAGCUAACCAGCCAGUUCUCCAGGAGAGGCAAAAGAGAAGUCAACCUGGGUGGUAACAUGAUCGACAAGCCCACAAUACCGGAGUACAAGGUGGCGGCGGUGCAGAAGUCUCGUUUCAUUCUGCUCCACUACAGUGUGUCAAAAGCCCUGUGGGACUGGCUCAUUCUGCUAGCAACCUUCUAUGUGGCUGUCACCGUGCCCUACAACGUCAGCUUCACGCCGUAUGACGACUCGGUCACAGCUGGACGCUCCACCAUCGUCAGCGAUAUCGUAGUGGAAAUGCUCUUUAUUAUAGACAUUAUCCUGAACUUCCGCACCACCUUUGUGAGCCAGUCAGGCCAGGUGGUGUAUGAGUCGCGCUCCAUUUGCAUUCACUACGCCACCACAUGGUUCUUUGUGGACCUGGUGGCUGCCCUGCCCUUUGACCUGCUGUAUGCCUUCAACAUCACAGUGACCUCCUUGGUCCAUCUGCUUAAGACAGUGCGCUUGCUGCGACUCCUUCGUCUACUUCAGAAGCUGGACCGCUACUCCCAGUACAGCUCCAUGGUGCUGACCUUACUAAUGUCUGUGUUCGCCCUGCUGGCACACUGGAUGGCCUGCAUCUGGUACAUGAUUGGACGCAAGGAGAUAGAGACCAGUGAUACUUGGGACAUAGGAUGGCUCCAUGAGCUGGGCAAACGUCUGGAGACGCCCUAUAUCAACAGCACGGUGGGCGGCCCGUCGGUGCGCAGCUCCUACAUCGCUGCCCUCUACUUUACCCUCAGCAGCCUGACCAGUGUGGGCUUUGGCAACGUCUGUGCCAACACUGAUUCUGAAAAGAUCUUCUCCAUCUGCACCAUGCUUGUCGGUGCGCUGAUGCAUGCCCUGGUCUUUGGUAACGUGACUGCAAUCAUCCAGCGAAUGUAUUCGCGCCGUUCACUCUACCACACACGCAUGAAGGACUUGAAGGACUUCAUCUGUGUCCACCGGCUGCCCCAGCAGCUCAAACAACGCAUGUUGGAGUACUUCCAGACCACAUGGUCUGUCAACAAUGGUAUAGAUGCCAACGAGCUCCUGCACGACUUCCCUGAUGAGCUACGGGCUGACAUCGCCAUGCAUCUGAAUAAGGACAUCCUCCAGCUGCCAGUCUUUAAGGGGGCCAGUCGCGGCUGCCUGCGCUCGCUUUCUCUCCAUAUAAAAACCUCUUUCUGCGUCCCUGGGGAGUACCUGAUCCGUCAGGGUGAUGCACUGCAUGCCAGCUACUUCGUCUGCUCCGGUUCUCUGGAGGUGCUGAAAGACGGCAUGGUGCUGGCCAUAUUAGGAAAAGGGGACCUGAUUGGGUCUGACCUGCCCGGACCAGACCAAGUGACUAAGACGAACGCUGAUGUGAAGGCCCUGACCUACUGUGACCUCCAGUAUAUCAGUGUUCGUGGGUUGAGAGAGGUACUGGAACUCUACCCUGAAUAUGCCAGUGUGUUCGCCUCUGACAUCCACAACAACCUGACCUACAACCUCCGAGAGGGCAGCCAGGACGAGGGCCUCAACAGGUUUUCAAGGUCACCCGGGCUUCCCCAUGAACCCAGGCUCACCUCUAUCGUGGAAACCAAGGGAGAUGAGCCGGACGACUCAUUCCACCUCUCUCCAGCUACGCGCUCACGCCGCAACCUCCUGCUGCCCAGCCUCAGCAGCCCUGUUCGUCGCACCUCCUUGGGGAACCUCCUUGGGGAUGAGCUGCGCCAGUUCAACGCCCUGCGACGCUGCCGCUCCCCUAACCUCAGCCGUGGCUUCCAUGGCUCAUCACCUCAACCACCAGCAAAAAGAGAGCACAGCACCCUUGCGGCAGCCCCGGCUUCAACUUCAACCCAGGGAGGGUCGGGGGCUGAGCAAAAGCCCUCAAAGCUGCUUAUCCCAACUGUCACCUGUUUUGGACCCCCAGACCUCAGUCCCAGGGUUGUAGACGGCAUUGAAGACAAUGGACACACGUUUCAUUUCAACGUGGAGCACAGCGGGCCUAAAGCCAGCACAGGAGGCAGCGCCCAAGACGCCACACAGGUUAAUGCCACUCUGCUGCUGGAGACAGAGGAGGUCAGGCAGAGUAUCAAUCAACUCAACCAAAAGAUGGGAACAUUAAACCAGGAAGUAUCUGAGCUCACCAAGGGCCUGCACCACAUGAUGCAUAUCCUCCAGACCCAUGUAUCUGUGCAUCACUACCAAGCCUCCCUGGCGUCCUGCCCUUACGGUGUCCAAAUGGUGUCCAGUUCUCCCACAGACUCCAACACUGGCAUGUCGUUCAACAUAGCUCCCACCUUGCAUCCUCAUAACGAUCCUGGGAGCCACCAAAGUGUCCCAUCUGCUGGCCACUGGAGCCACAGUGGAGCUGCUGAAACCCAGACAGAGAGCCACCACCGGGCCCAGUCCUCCAGUCCUCCAAAUGUUAACUCCUGUCCCCCCCUCUCUGUAAACUCUGACCCCAGGUUGGACCCGUGUCAUAGCUCUGAGAGCAUGACCACACACCUGUGGACCAGCCCGUCUCUUCUUAGCAUCAGCCCAGACUUCCAGGGAGGAAGUCCAGGCCCUGUACCUCAUGCUAGACAUGAAGACUCUGACAACAGACCUCUCAGUGCUAACCCGACCACUAUGAGCAAGUCCCAGCCUACUUUGUGCCUGCAGCCUCCCAGUGAUACUGAUGAAUAUUCUUGCCUUUUGUCCAGUGGCCCUACAGGAACGUCCACACACAGCCUGCUGGCCCCGUCACCCAGUUCUUAUCCCCAUCUCUGCCUGCGCUCCGAGUCCCACCUCAGUUUAUCACAAACCUCACAUGAGGACAUCUGUGCUCUGAUGUCCGCCCCAACAUCUCAUAAUCUGAUCCAGGACACCUCCAUCUUCCAACUGGAGGAUUCACACGUCUCCUUACACCCUGUCUCUGCCUCUCCGCCCACAUUGCCCAGCCACCCUCUUGUCUCUUCCCUGGACUCAGAAUCACCACGAUCUGAUUCUCUCGAGCCCCAUCUUUCACUGGGAGACCCAUCUUCCAUAGAACACACCAGUCUGCAGUGCCUACUGGGAAAUGGGGGCUCUAUGGAGAGCAGAGACAGUGAAAGCGCAUCAUCACGGAGGUCCAGCAUUGGCGUCCAGACUCAGAGCACAGAGCAGUCGUGGUGUCUGGACCUCACAGAUUAAACUGAGGCAGACAGGAAAAAAGCAGCACUGAAUGAGGAACUCAAAUUAUUGACAUGCAACUUCUAACAGUGUUUAAAAAGACUCUGCUGGAGAUUGUCAACGUGUGCUGUAUUUCCCCCUCUUACGUCCUGGGCUCUCAUAUUUGUCAAACUCCAUGCAAUUUACACCAUUUCUAUGCAAAAGCAUGUAAUUUGUGCAUUAUCUUGGCUUUACUGAAGUGUGUCUUUAAAAAAAAAAAAGCCCCACAGCAGUGGGUUCCAGUAUAUACUGUAUAUUUUUUUCAACAUCCUCAGAGCAAUUUGCAGUUGAUAAUACCUGUUACCUCCUUGCAUGGUAAAGUUGUUUAUUCUUUUUCCUAAGGAAAAGGUUUCCAAAUCAAUGUGUAAGCAUUCUACAUGACUACCUGUUGAUUGUGUGCACAGAUAUUGUAUUUGUAUGGCAGGUCAAAGACAGGUCAGAGUAGUUGGAUGUUUUGUUGUGGAACAAAGGAAAUGACACAUGCUUCACCUUGCAUAUAGGGAGUAGAGUAGAGUAUGUGCAUCACACAGCAUAGAUUGUUUAUUGUUUUAAAUUGAAUGUUUUUUCUCAUUUUUUAUUUGUGAAUUCAUAGAGUUAUUGAACUAUGAAUAUCUAAUAUCAAAACUCCACCAAGCAGUAUGGUUUUGAGUUAUUAUUCCGUUGAACAUCUAUUUAUGCUCUCCUGAAGAUCCUUCAGGGGAUUUGAAUAAAUUUUAAAAAAAAAAUUCUUACCAAGGCAUUAAAUAUAUCGCUGUGAAAUAGGUUUUAAUUGCUAAAACCACUAAAAAAUCUUUUAAAAGCUUGAAAAAUACUUUCUCAAGGAACUACAAUUCUAUAAACACGACAUAGCCGCUGAUGAAUUAGACAUAAAUAAAUAGACAUAUCUGGAUGAAAAAGUGGGACAUAUUUAAUGCUGUUAUUAAUUUACAAAAAGUGAAUACCUCCUGGGGGAAAGAAAACAUUAAUUCAUGAUACUCAUACAAUAUUCAGAGUAUUCAGGAACUUUAUUUGUUUUGAAUGAUUUCUCCUUGGCUGACAAAAUAAAGUAUGCACAAA